UUUGACAUUUUAAGAAUAUUUCUUCACGUGUUGUUGAAUAAAUUUAUUUUUCUCUCGGAAGCUAAUAUUUUGUUUUUUUAUUUUCUAAUUCAGUUUAUUUUUAAGUAGACAAUGGAAUCAUUUUCAACAAUACCCGGCUUCUGUCCUGUCUGUGGUUCAAUAUUCCCUGAAUUACAGGCAAUAGGAGAUAUUAAAUGUUACAACUGCAAAAAUAUCUUCGGUCCAGAUGUGUUUGGAGACAUGGAGGUAGAAUAUACGAUACAUUUCAACUCCUACGAUCCAAAUAAAACACACACCAAGAUAAAGAAAGAACAAGAAGAAGCCGAUGGUCCAGUUGUUGAUCGUCAAUGCCCCAAAUGUGGUCACGAUAAGAUGUCAUAUGCAACCCUACAACUACGAUCGGCAGACGAAGGUCAGACUGUAUUCUUUACGUGUCUUAAAUGCAAAUUCAAGGAAUCGGAAAACUCUUGAACGCUCAUUCAGAGAUUAUGGAUUGUUUAUUUUAUCUUUUUUUUUUUCCUAAAACAAAUUACAACAAAAAUAAAUGAAUAUUUUGUGAAAAUCUUUGAAUGUUGACAAA